AUGAUAACUAAAAAUUUAUUGGUCAUUGCAGUUCAAUUGCGAUUAUUGGUCAUUGCUUUGCAAUAUGUAGCCAAUUAUUUAAUACCUGAUCAUGAUGCUAAAGUAUUUGUCUAUCCGCGACCGUUGGAAGUUCAGAAGACAUUAUGGGAUGACAUAGUCUUGAAUGUUUUGGGUGGCUUAACACAAUGGGAUGGACAACACUUCAUGCACAUUGCACUUUAUGGAUACACUUAUGAGAAUUCAUUGGCAUUCUUCCCAUUGCUGCCAUAUACUGUACAGUAUUUAGCUAAGUUACUACACCUUCCAUUUUUAACUUUUGAGUCACAAAUACUGCUCACAUUUGUCCUUUUUAAUUUUGUUAUGUUUUUACUCAGUGCUUGUAUUUUAUACAAAUUAACUGAGUCUUGGUUUGGUACACACAGAGCUCACAUUGCAACACUACUAUUUUGUAUCAAUCCAGCCACAAUAUUUUUUUCUGCAGCUUAUACUGAAUGUUUAUUUGCAUUUCUAACAUUUGCUUUGAUAUACUGCAGCUGGAAAAUGCAUUUUGAUACAUUUUUAGUAUCUGCCAAGUGGUUAUUCCUUAGUUGUCUAUUGAUUGCAUUGAGUACAUUAACAAGAUCCAAUGGUUUACUUAAUCUAGGUUUUCUUAUGUAUUUUUUUGUGAGAAAUUUGAGAAACAGUUUAGUUCACAGUACACAACCACAUUUAUGUAUAAAACUGCUGAAAUUAUCAUGCAAUCUAGUUGUUUUAGCUAUGUCUAUCAUCAUCUGUGUAGCACCAUUUGUUUUUCUUCAGUUUUAUCAUCAUUCUAAUUUUUGUUUUGACAAUUUUGUUAAUUUGCCUCAAGAAGUAGUCAACCAUGCAGUCACUAAUGGCUACAGAUUAACUGGACAGUAUUACAAUCAAUCUUGGUGCGAUUUUAAUUACAUACCACUGCCCUAUUCAUACGUUCAAGAAUAUUACUGGAAUGUUGGCUUUUUAAGGAUUUCCAGUUUGGACAUGGUAUAUUAACAAAAUUAAAUCAAUGUAGAAACUGUUCAAAUAUUAGGUAGACAGAUCUUGUUGCCAAGGUAUGGUUGGAACAGAAAUUAUCAGUUUGUU